AUGUUGGUUGUACGUUACUGUGUUUGGUUAUGGGCUAUUGGAUUAGCACGUGGCAUCCUUCUAAGCCCCUAUGAAAAUAGGCCACGGCUGUUUAUUCAUGACGGAAAUUUCUUCAUUCAUGCCGGAAAGGAUAAAAACAUCACGUUCAUUGCGAAUGGAGAGGGAACCGUUCUUUUCGGUGGAUUAGACAUUCGAACGCUGCCGUCAGUAAUUAAUCAGGUACCUUCCCAGUCGAUUUCAGAUUUCAGGCCGAUGAGACGACAGCUGAGGCAGCUUUCACGAAAGCUGAAUGACCUACGAAUUAUCGUCGAGCGAGACGAAUGCAACCGGAAUCCUUGCAAGAAUGGCGGCACGUGCAUCGACGGAAUCAACAAAUACUACUGUCUAUGUCCAGACCAAUUCACGGGAGAAAACUGCCGUGAAGAUAUCGAUGAAUGUGUUCUGUAUCACGAUACGGAGUUGGGCUGCCAGAAUGGCGGAACAUGCAUUAACAUCCAUGGAGGAUUUAGAUGCCAGUGUCCAUCAAAUUGGCACGGUCGUCGUUGUACCGAAAGCAAGGACGAAUGCACAACUGCCGGUUCGAAUGCUCUUUGUGGUUUACAUGGAGCUUGUGUUACUGUAAAGGACCCCGGUCCAGGAGAGGCUUCAUACCGAUGUGUCUGCGACGUUGGCUGGCAGCAGAGUGACAGUAUUUCGAACCCGUAUUGUGAGGAUAUUGAUGAAUGCAAGAACAACCCCUGCUUUCACGGAAGUGCGUGUUAUAACUUGCCAGGGAAGUUUAGAUGUGGCAGCUGCCCAGAAGGUUACACCGGAAAUGGUGUACAAUGUUGGGACGUUAAUGAAUGUUUGAUCAACAACGGUGGUUGCUCCAUGCAGCCACAAGUCCCUUGCAUCAACACCUAUGGCUCAUUCCACUGCGGUUCUUGCCCUGCCGGUUUCGCAGGCAACGGCGUGGUUUGUACCAAGGAAUUUGGCUGUCAACAGAAACCAUGUCAUGCGUUGGCGACGUGUUCUGAAUCAGCAGAUUUCGUCGACGGCUUCCACUGUCAGUGUCCGCCGGACUAUGCUGGAACAGGGUUAGGACCAAACGGUUGUUAUCCAGUGGAGAGGGAUCCAUGUUCUUCUCACCCAUGCUUGAAUGGAGGCAGUUGCCAGGCAUUGUCCAGUCGGUCGUUCACGUGUCAUUGUGCCUGGGGCUAUUCAGGGCAAGACUGCAGCCAGGCGAGUCCUUGUUUGAGUGCUCCGUGUCAAAACAACGGCACGUGCGUUUCGAAGGGCAAUAACCAGUACAAAUGUAUAUGCAAAUUUGGAAAUUACGGGAUCAACUGCGAACUGCGCGAAGAGGGUUGUUCAGGUCAUUACCAGUCAGACAGCGGCACUCUCAAGUAUCCGACAGUUGGGCUGACCUACCCUGGCCUAGAAACCUGCAAAUGGACAAUUACCGUGUCCGAGGGGAUGGUCGUGAAUGUUACUUUUGUGCAAUUCGACAUCGAGCGCAGCCAAUCAUCGACGCUGGAUUACUGUCGCUUCGAUAAUUUAACAAUAUUUGAUGGCGGUGAUAUGACGUCACCAGAAAUCGGCAUAUACUGUGGCAUGAUUGGCCAGUCGACGGCCCCCGACGAUUAUAUACUGUCGUCGGGCAAUCGAUUGCACCUGUUGUUUAGAACGGAUGGAUCGGUUCAUCGCAUGGGUUUUUCGCUUAAUUGGACCGCGACUGUGCCAGUAUGCGGUGGUCGACUUUAUGACACCCGUGGGGCCAUUACGUCUCCAAAUUAUCCCCUGCAGUAUGGCACAAAUCUGCAUUGCAGCGGCGUUCAGUGUUGUGCGCAAAACAUGCAGAUUCGCGAUGGCGAACGAUCAGACGACCGAUUGAUGUCGCAGUACUGUACCUCUGUUGCGCCGACCGUGUCGGAACUCCGUUCGUCGCUGCCAUACGUGUUUGUCUAUUUCCGGUCUUCGAGCAACAUCGACCGCCGUAGUGACUCAGAUGGAAGAUUCAUGAUUCAGUUCAACGUGGAAGAAACAUGGGUUGGAUACGGAUAUUUUGGUCUGAGGGCCCAGGACCGUCGUCUUCAUCCUUUCAGAAUCGCCUAUCGCAGAAUUCGUCGACGUUGCUCCGGGGAUUAUGUGGAGAUUAGAGACGGGGGCGACGAAAACGCGGCGCUGAUAUCGAAUCUCUGCGGUGAUACUCUACCGGAAACAAUCACCUCAACUUCUUCCAAGCUGUGGGUGCUUUUUCACUCAGAGGAUCGUUACGCCGGUCGUGGUUUCUCGGCACAGUACGAAAUAAAAUGUGGUGCCAUUUUGAACAGCGAAAACGGGACGUUUCAAAGUCCAAACUUUCCGUCACCUCAUCGAAGCGCAGUUGUUUGCGAAUACGUCAUCAAGGCGCCGCCUCACUACGCGAUCGAACUUUGGUUCACAGCGGUGGAGUUGGGUAACAAGCUUUUCUACAGUUGUGAAGAAAACUACAUCACACUGGAAGCACCCGCAGCGUCGUCGUGGUUCAAUCGUCACUUUUGUGUGAUCAGUACCCAAAAGCCGUUUAUUACUUCCGGCGGUACCAUGAAGAUAUAUUUCCAUACUAACGGCAGCGAGUUGAACCAUGGCUUCCAGGCACGCUUUUCAACCUAUGAUAUCGGAUGCGGUGGCGUGUUAACGAACAUGCGGGGUACGUUUCAAAGCCCUGGUCAUCCUAACGAUUACUUCCACAAUGUGGAAUGCAGAUGGGACAUCAUUUUGCCAAUGAGGUUUAUUGCGAAAGUAGUGUUCACAACCUUCGUGCUCGAAGAACACCAGGACUGCAGAUUCGAUCACGUUGAAUUUUACGAGUCCUAUGUUUCACCAAACGAGACUUCUGGAUUCCUAGGAAGGUAA